AUGAUUUAUAGAUUAAUUAGUGUAAAAUCUAAAAAUAUUUAUUAUGUUCAAACAAGUUUUCGACUAUUUUUUAAGAGUAGUAAACCAGACAGUAUUGGGGCUAAUCAUCGAAUUUUAACGGAAGUAGAUGGUGAAUCUCUUUUGGAAAAGAGAAAUAAUAUUAAAUCAAAAUUCCUUUCAUUUGAUGACACAUUACUUCAAUCACCAAGAAUCUUCCAACAACCAAUUAAUUUAUCUGUUCCACCCAUUCCAGCAACAACAUUAAAUAAUAAUUCUCCAAAACUUUCAAAAAAUAUUUUAUUAAUUAAAGAAAAUAAUAAAAAUAAAAGCAAUUCGAUGGAUGGAAUUUCUAAUUGUGAAAAACUUAAAAAGAAAUUAGCAACAACAACAACAAGUAAAAAAUAUAAGAAACACAAAAACGAAAAUGAAGAGAAUAAAAUUGUUAAAAAAUUAAUUUCGAAAGAAGUUAAACAAAGAGGGGAAGAAGAAGAAUCUUCUUCAUGUUUAAAUGAAAAUGUGAAUAAAGGAAUUAUUUAUAGAGAAGAUUUAAAUAUUAAUUUAGUAGAAGAUAAUAAUAAUGUUAAUCAACAUUUGGAUAUACCUCCCGCAACAACAACAACAAAUAAUAUUUACUAUAAUAAUAAUUUAAAUGAAGAUGUUUCUUCAGCAAUGUUGUCAACAUUUCCUUACUAUUAUUAUUAUUGUUGUAUUUCUCCAAAUCAACAACAAAAUUUGUUUGGUUCUUUAAUUAUGGAUUUAACUAAUAAUGAAGGAGGGGAAUAUUUAAAUAAUAAUAAUAAUUGUAUUAUACCUGAUUAUUGGACAUCUGCAGUUAUGGCAGCAGUUGUUGAUAUUAAUAAUGAAGAUAAUAAUAAUAAUGAAAUGUUAAACAAUCAAGCUAUUCCUUUACCUAUAUUACAACCUCCCUUAGAUUCUGAUUUGGCUUCUUCAAUCUUUCAUUGGCCACAAAUUUUUCCUCAAAAUAACUCUCCAACUUCUUCGGGAACAACAACAUCAAUACUUCCUCAUUUAUAUCCUUUACCUCAACAACAACAACCAAAUACAUAUACAUCUACAAACAUUAAUAAUCAAUUACAAAAAAAUUUAACUAAUCCAGUUUUUCCUCCUCAAUAUAACAACAACAACAUUUCAUCUAUUCUCCCAUCAACAUCAUUAUUACCACCAGAAACACAACAACAAAAAUCCAAAACAAAUUUAUUAAUUAAUAAUCAACAAACAUUUAACCCAACUACAAGCCAAACAAGUUUUGAACAUUCCCCAACAUUCCCAACAAAUUUAUUAGAACAACAAAAACAUUUUAAACAACAAAAUGUUUUCCCCCAAAAUUAUUAUAACCAACAUGUUUUUAAUUCAAUCCAAACACAAAAACAACAACAAACAACAGAAAACAAUCCAAACAUUUAUUUAAAUCAAAACAUUACAACUUUACAACAACAACAACAACAAAAUGUUUCUUCAACAUUUCCUCCCUCUUCUUUUAAUAGCUCAACAACAACAACAAAUACUUCAAGUUUUCGUUUUCUUUCUGAAGUUGCCCAAACAUUAUUUGGACAAUAA